GCGGCUUGUAACACACUAGAAAACAGCUUUUGUCUAGCUGAAUUGAAGGUCAGACUCGCUGCAGACAUUGUAUUUCUUCGUUACACGACGACCAUGGUUGCAGUGCUCCGUGUUGCCGCACUGUUGCUCACGCGCUGCAACGCCUGGCACCUCGUAAGGCAUACAACCCCGCUGCAGCUUCGAGCAGCGAGCGAUGCCGUCGACACGAGCGCCGAAGCGCUCGCGGCGCUGCGCGUACCGGAACUCAAGGACAAAUGCCGCGCGCGAGGGCUGCGAGUCAGCGGCACCAAGGCAGCAUUGAUCGAACGAUUACUCGAGGCCGACGGCGCGGACGCAGAAGCACCGCAGGCAGGCUCCUGGGCCUCGCUGGGCCUCGACAGCGAAACGCAGCAGCGCCUACCACACAAAAACCCGACGCCGAUCCAGGCGGCGGCGUUCCAAGCAUUAAAAUCAGGUAAAGACGGCGUGCUCCACGCGGAGACGGGGUCCGGAAAAACGCUCGCGUACGCGCUACCACUACUGAAAAAGCGCGUGCUCGUCCUCACGCCGAGUACAAGUCUAGCGGACCAGAUCGCGGAAGUCGUCGAUCAAUUCACAGAGAGCUUUGCAGUGCAUACGCCGAAGGAAGUACUAAAAGCAGAGGACGAUCUAGAGUCGAUUGAUGUGAUUGUGUUGGAUGAGGUCGACGCAUUGUUGCGCGCGCCGGGGCGCUACGCGGCGGCGGAGCAGAAGAAGCAUCGGCGGGAAAGGCCCGCGGCGAAGAUAUUGAGACGUUUUAUACAGAGACGGCCGGACGCGCAAGUUAUUGGAGCGUCGGCGACGGUGGGCCGACCUUUGAGGCGCCACAUCGACGACAUCCUGAGGGACGCGGCGCCCUCAAAGCCGCGGUCUCCCAUAAAUGUGAUACGCGGCACGGAGCCGCCAUCAAAUGGAAGAGCGGUAACGGCGCCGUCAUCCCUAAAACACGUCAUAUCAAGUUUCUGGGACCGCGGGCCGGGCGAGCCGGACCUCGAUGCCUUGAGGACGGCGCUCGAUUCGCUAAAUGCGGCGCGUCCUUUAGUGGUAGUCAACGACGGCGACCCCGACCGCGUGUCGCGUUUUUUGAAGAAGAGCGGCUACGAUGAGGUGGACGUGCUGGCGCCGAACGAAAUACGAGGCCUCGACUUGAAUGGCGUCGACGUCGUCUUGAGUUUGGGCCGCCCGGCGACGUGCGACGACUAUUUGCACGUGGCCGGCCGCACGGCGCGCGCCGGCGGUUUUGGAUUGUGCUGCACGAUCGCCGCUCAUAGGGAUGCGAAGGCCGUCGCCGCGUUCGCCAGUCCCCUUGAUAUUGUCUUCGAGACCGUCGAAGACGCGGACGAGCUCUGGAAGUAUAGAAUGUGAAUG